CGAGCCGCCGCGAGCCCCCGCCCCCGCCCCGCCGGGCCGCCCCGUCGCGGCCCCCGCUCGGACCCCCGGCCACCGUGGAGCGCCGCCGCCGCCGCCCCGCGACUCGCACCUGGAGCUGGAACUAUGGGAUGUAUAAAAUCAAAAAGGAAAGACAAUCUGAAUGACGAUGGAGUAGAUUUGAAGACUCAACCAGUACGUAAUACUGACCGAACUAUUUAUGUGAGAGAUCCAACGUCCAAUAAACAGCAAAGGCCAGUUGCGGAUUCUCAGCUUUUACCAGGACAGAGGUUUCAGACUAAAGAUCCAGAGGAGCAAGGAGACAUCGUGGUCGCCUUGUACCCCUACGAUGGCAUCCACCCGGACGACUUGUCCUUCAAGAAAGGGGAGAAGAUGAAAGUCCUGGAGGAGCAUGGAGAAUGGUGGAAAGCGAAAUCCCUUUCGACGAAGAGAGAAGGCUUCAUCCCCAGCAACUACGUAGCCAAAGUCAACACCUUGGAAACGGAAGAGUGGUUUUUCAAGGAUAUAACCAGGAAAGAUGCAGAAAGGCAGCUCCUAGCACCAGGGAACAGCGCUGGAGCUUUUCUUAUCAGAGAAAGUGAAACAUUAAAAGGAAGUUACUCUCUGUCUGUCAGAGAUUAUGACCCCGUGCACGGUGACGUUAUCAAGCACUACAAAAUCAGAAGUCUGGACAAUGGGGGUUAUUACAUCUCCCCACGAAUCACUUUUCCUUGUAUCAGUGAUAUGAUUAAGCAUUACCAAAAGCAGUCAGAUGGCUUGUGCAGAAGGUUGGAGAAGGCAUGCAUAAGUCCCAAACCACAGAAACCAUGGGACAAAGAUGCCUGGGAGAUCCCCCGAGAGUCCAUUAAGCUGGUGAAGAGGCUCGGCGCCGGGCAGUUCGGGGAAGUCUGGAUGGGUUACUAUAAUAACAGUACCAAGGUGGCUGUGAAAACCCUGAAGCCAGGCACGAUGUCUGUGCAGGCAUUCCUGGAGGAGGCCAACCUCAUGAAGACCCUGCAGCACGACAAGCUGGUGCGACUGUACGCCGUGGUCACCAAGGAGGAGCCCAUCUACAUCAUCACCGAGUACAUGGCCAAGGGCAGUUUGCUGGAUUUCCUGAAGAGCGAUGAAGGGGGCAAAGUGCUGCUUCCAAAACUGAUCGACUUCUCUGCUCAGAUUGCGGAGGGAAUGGCGUACAUCGAGAGGAAGAACUACAUCCACCGGGACCUUCGAGCCGCUAACGUCCUGGUCUCCGAGUCCCUCAUGUGCAAAAUCGCAGAUUUUGGUCUUGCUCGAGUGAUUGAGGAUAACGAGUACACGGCCAGGGAAGGUGCUAAGUUCCCCAUUAAGUGGACAGCUCCAGAAGCCAUCAACUUCGGAUGUUUCACCAUUAAGUCUGACGUGUGGUCCUUUGGAAUUCUCCUGUAUGAGAUCGUCACCUAUGGGAAAAUUCCCUACCCAGGGAGAACUAACGCGGACGUGAUGACCGCCCUGUCCCAGGGCUACAGGAUGCCCCGCAUGGAGAACUGCCCCGACGAGCUCUACGACAUCAUGAAACUGUGUUGGAAGGAGAAGGCCGAGGAGAGGCCCACGUUUGACUACCUGCAGAGCGUCCUGGACGACUUCUACACGGCCACGGAGGGCCAGUACCAGCAGCAGCCUUAGGGCGCAGGGGGCUCAGGCCACGCACGGACCGCUGCCUCCCUGCAAAGGAAAACGUAACAGUCCCUGACCACUAGGUAUUUCCUGGGCUGAUGUCACUGGCCACCCCUGCUUCACACACACAAGGCUACAACUCAGGAAGAACUCCCCCCAUGGGAAAGGAUUCUCAUCUCAGGGGCCGGUGCCCAGCAGCGUGUGGCCUGGCCUGCUCCCCCCUCCAGGCAGUCCGGCCUCGCUAGACCAACAUCUGGACACAGGCUUCUGAGAAGAAGACACCUGUCCCACCCGAGUGCGCCCACAUCGUCCUCUUGUUUACACGGGGAGGUGUGACUCAGAGGUUCAGAUGCCAUUUCAGCAAAUCCCAGAUGGGAGCACGACUAAACUCAUUUAUAAAAGUAAAAUAAUCAGAUGACUUUCGUGACACUUCCUUGUAUUUUCUCUAUGCUUCAGCUUCUUUGUUAAAAAAAAUUUACUAAUCCAACCUGUUAGAUUUUGCAGGUGAGGUCAGAGGCUUCAAAGUUGUUCCCAGACUUCAGUGAUCUCUCUCCCACCCCCUGAAAUCUGAGACUGUUCUCGAUGUUUCCUUCCGUGGAGACCCCUCAGAACCCCAGCUGGGAAGAGGGGUUCUCUUUCCUUGAAAGUGUCAUCUACAAGCGGGCAGAGCAACAUGUUAAGCGACACGGACCCCCGCCCCCCCGCCCCAGCAGCCGGGGUUCACCCACACCGCCCUGGAGGGGAGCUCCAGAAACUGCGCUGCCGUGAGGAGGGAUAUUUUCAAGGAAUAUUUUCAACGGUCCAGCUUUUCAAUCCCACAAGUUCCUGUGUUCAGACUUUUCUGGACGGGGUACUUUGAAAGGACCAUAAGAUUCUAAUUUCUGCAGAAAUUUCUCAGGCCUUACAAAACAUGGAAUUUUCUUUAUUGCUUCAGAUGAUCCUGAACGUUAUUUUCAUGAUCAAGUAUUCACUGUAGUUGUAUUCUAGAAAGUAAAAAUACCAUCUUUGGGGGCUAUUUUUGUGAUUCAGCACUCUUUUCUAAAUUGUGUAAGGUCUGUGUGAGACUAUUUAUAACACGAUAUGAUGGAAAAUAAAUAAGGAGUUCCAACCGAGCUGCCGGAGCAAGGGAGACAAGAGGUUCUGUUUGUUAAAUUUGUCUACUCUGCGCUUUGAAUGGAAAGUGCUGUAUCCCAUCACAUUUCACUUAUGCUGUUGUGUAUAUACCUAAUAUUUCUAUUUUUGAUUUUAUUUUAAUACACCUGGGCCAGUCACAUCUCAAGCUUUUCACUGGUGAUUAACAUUUCCAACUGUCAUCAAUAUAAAAAU